UAGGAGCACUGUCGAAAGUUUUCGUGUCAGUCUAAAAGUCUGGUUAAGCUUCUGUUUACAAGUACUGGUAUCGGGGAAAGUACAAGUGUGCGAAUUGUACAAGUGUGGAUACAAGCGUUUCGUCUGUCAAAUGAACCAUGUCAAACUCCUAAAAACUGCAGUACCGCCGGUGUAUGGUAAUUUUCCAGACAUUCCCCCCUCUCGUUUAACCGAGUCUGUGGUUGUGGACUGUAAUCUUUAAUGAUCUGUCUAGUUGCGUGAAUACGAAAAAAAAAUGUCGCGAAAUGAAACUAAUGGCAUCACCGUUCCAAUGGACACGUAUGGUUCCACUGACGAUACGGCUUCAUUUAUAAACAAGGACCAACUGAUGAUGCAAAACUACACAGAUGAUGAUGAGCCAAUUGAAAUCAUGUCAAGAGAAGAUAGAGGUGAAAAAAAUGUUUUUUUUGAUGAUGGAAAACGAAGAAUUGAUUUCGUUCUUGUGUACGAGGAAGAACAUCUGACAGAAAAACAACGAAGAAAGAGAGAAGAGAAAGACAGAGAAAGGAGAGAGAAAGGCAAAAAAGUUGUUGACACUGAUGAACAGCAUGAUCAAUGGCGACACAAAUUCUUGGAUAACCUGAAGAAGAUUGGGUUAGACCUGGAGGAAGAUAUAAUCGAAGGCGACAAAAAGACCAUAUUUUAUGUAAAGUUACAUGCACCAUGGGAUUUGUGUUGUUUUUUUGCUGAGGAGCUGAAUUUCAGAGCGCCAUUGCAGGAAAGUGAUAUGUUGCCUAAUGGAGGCGCUGUGCUACCUCAAGGAGGCACUAUGCUGUCACAUGGAAGUUGUGUGCUGUCACAUGGGGCAAAAGAUUGCCUUAAUGGGGGUGCUAUGUUACCUCAAGGAGGUGCUAUGCUGUCACAUGGCAGUUGUAUGCUGUCACAUGGGGCAAAAGAUUGCCUAAAUGGAGGCGCUAUGUUACCUCAAGGAGGUGCUAUGCUGUCACAUGGCAGUUGUAUGCUGUCACAUGGGGCAAAAGAUUGCCUUAAUGGAGGUGCUAUAUUAUCUCAAGGAGGUGCUAUGCUGUCACAUGGAAGUUGUGUGCUGUCACAUGGGGCAAAAGAUUGCCUAAAUGGAGGUGCUAUGUUACCUCAAGGAGGUGCUAUGCUGUCACAUAUGGAAGUUGUGUGCUGUCACAUGGGGCAAAAGAUUGCCUAA